AUGUUGAAAUUAAACAGAGAUAUUCUUUUAUUAAUAUUCGAAGAAAUUCACAAUGAUAAAAAAGAUCUUUAUCCAAUACUUACAGUAAAUAAAAUUUGGUGUGAAAUAAUCAUACCAAUAUUAUGGAAAGAUCCUUGGAAAUAUUUAAAAUGGGAAAAAGAUAAAAUAUUAUUUAAUAUAAUUAUAUCACAUUUAUCAGAAAAUUCAAAAAAUGAUUUAAAAAUUCAAGGAAUUGAUAUUUUUUAUUAUUAUAAAAAACCUUUAUUUAAUUAUAUAAAUUUUUGUAAAAUUUUAAAUUUAAAUGCUAUUGAUAGAAUAAUUAAUACUAUUAUUUAUAAUUAUUCAAAAUCUAAUAUAUUAAUUAUUAAAAAUGAAAUUUAUAACCUUUUUAUUAAUAAUGAAAAUACAAAAUUUACUCAUUUUUUUAUUUCACAAAAUUUUGAUUAUAAAAUUUUUAAUAAUCCUAAAUCAAAAAUUUCUAUUUCAAAAAUUAAAUUUCUUAGUUUUAAUACUAGUAUAAAUGAUCAUAUUUUAAUUGGUUUAAUUAAUAUUUGUAAAUCAAUUAAAGAAUUGGAACUUAUUAUUGAUCUUGAAAAUAAUAAUUAUAAUAUUAUUAAAUUAAUUGAUUCACAAAAAAAAUUAUUGAACGUUCAUUUUUUAACUAAUUAUACAAAAAGUGAUGAAUCAUUUUGUAAAAUUCUUGAAAAUUCUUUAAUUAAACAUUCAAAUACUUUACAAUAUUUUAAAUUAGCUAAACAACCUACUACAAAAAUUCUUUCAUCCCUUAUAAAUUUAAAAAUUUUAGAAUUAGAUGAUGCUUAUGGUAAUUUUAAAAAUACGUUAUGGUUAGAAAAUUUAUCUUUACCUUAUUUACAAAUUUUAAGAGCUAGUAGAGUACCAGUUAAAGCUUUAUCAAAUAUAAUUGAAAAUACUAGUGGAAAUCUUAUUGAAAUAAAAAUUGAUUAUAUUAGUCAUGAUGAAAUUAAUAACAAAAAAAUUAUUCAAGUUAUUCAUCAAAAUUGUCCGAAACUUGAAUAUCUUAAAUUAGUUUUUAGAAGUUGUAAUAUUUUUGAAUUAGAAAAUUUAUUAAUUAAUUGUCAAAAUUUAAAUGAAUUAUCUUUUAUAAUUAAUGAUUUAUUCACUUUUAAUUGGGAUAAAUUAUUUGAAUUAUUAACUAAAUCUUCACCAAUUAGAUUAUAUAAAUUUGAAUUUGAUUUUUAUGAAGCUCCUAAAUUAAAAUCUUUAAAAUUUUUCUUUGAUAAUUGGAAAGGUAGAAAUCCUAUGUUAUUAAAAUUUAGUAGAAUUAAUAAUGAACUUACUGAUUUAAUAGAAAAUUAUAAAGUUGAAGGGAUAGUUAAACAAUAUAGUAAUGAUUCUUUGGAUAAGAAUGAAGUUACUCUUUUAAAUUAUAAUUUACCUAUAGAAACUUAUGAUUUCACAGAUCCAAAUAUUUUUCUUUUUUAA